AUGGCCCCUGUCAGCGCCAAGUAUUUACCAGGGGGUAUCGGCGACCAAAUGCUCCCUUCCCAAGCGACUUUUGGUGGUGAUUUACAUAGGAGAUUUUGGGAGACCCGAUGGGUUGGAUCCAACGUUGUGGUUUUGACGAGUAGGAGCACGACUUUGAAGAGUGUGGUAUUGGGAGCUUUCACACCGUGUAACAUUGUGGUGGUAGAGAUUGGGUGGUGA